AUGGUAUCAUUCACUAAGGUUUGCCUAGGGUUCGUUGGCAUUCCUAUGAUUCCUCAUAGGUCGAACUUGCCCAUAAGCAUGGGUAACCACAAAAAUAGCAUUAAGCCUGUAGGCAUGUUGAAUCCGCUAUCACAAAUUAAUAAACUUUUUGAAAAGGAACCGUUUCAACCUCUUGUCCCAAAGGAGUUGCCUGAGAAUGUGUUGUUUGGAGUUAGAAGUGAUCGAGAUUGUCAAUUUGAUAAAUACCCUGAGCUGAAUGAAUUGGACACUAUUGAAAAGAAGAAGGAGUUUAUAACGAAGCUUUUGCUAGAGUGGACUGAAAUAGGUUUAGAUUUGUCACUAAGGAGCUUAAUGUCGUUCAAACGCCUGGUGGAGUAUAUAGAGCUGCCGUACGAUACACUGUAUUCCUCAUUACAAAAAAUAUACCGGAAAUGUGACAAUAGACUCAAUUUGGAUAACAUCUUGGUGUUAAAACACGUAUUUAAAAAAUCAGGACAAGUAUUACCAUCAGAUGAUUACCACGAAAUAUACAAAUAUGAGGACCUCGAUACAAGUUCUAUUCUACGUUUGGCAAAGGGCUCCCUUAUCAGUGACGAGUAUAUGGAUAUACUCAAUGACGAAAUGGAGCAGUUGGAGUUGGAAGGAGCAGUGACGUAUCCUAAAACAGUAGAGGAGUACAGAGAGUUUAAAAAAAAAUUGCUGGACCUGUCGACAAAAGCAAUUAAUUUUGAAGAAUUCCCCAACUAUAAAAUAAAACAGCUGUCAUACGUCUUAUAUACACAAGUUUGGAUGAUAGAUUACUUUAAGAACAGGGAGAUGCCGUCACUCCCAGAGGAGGUUAUUAAAUUUCUCGAAGUGGACGAGCCAUACUGUAGGAUGAUCUACAAUAACCUCGUAAAGACACAAAUGGAUACAAUCACGCAGGAGCAAAUACCGCACAUAGUUGAAAAGAAGAUAAAGGUACACAGGUUCCUGGCAUACAGAAAGUUCAUGGAAGCACAAAUGAAGUUCACGCUGGAAGAGUUUAAAAAAUUUAAGGUGCGAAGUAAAGAAAUAAUUAGGAAACUGAAGGAGAAGGUGGGAGAUCUGUCGAAGAUCCCAGCGGAAUACAAGCCUUUCGGAAUAAUCGGAGGAGAAAUGCCAUACGUUAACGUGGAGGUGCUGGUGCCAGAAGAUAAGGAGCUGGAAAAAAAAUGCGCAGAGGAGGCGAACAAGGACCUGUACGAAGAUGAAGACGAGGACGAGGACGAGGACGAUAAGGAUCCAUCAGAAUUUACAAAGGAGGAGGUAGAAGAAAUUAGGAGGGACAUUAAGAAAGCACAGGAGGAGCUAAGAAUAUUUUCUCACAUGUCGCAGGCUGAUAAGGCAGACUUCUUCGCAAAAAAGGUGCCAAGCGCAGUCGACGCAGCUAAGAGAGCGAGGUGUAGGAGGAAGCACCUGGAAGAAAUGGGAAACCCGUUUAACACACGCAGCGACCUGGAGGAGUGGGAGGAGCACAUGGGGAAGACGAACCAGCCCGAGAAGAAGGAAAAGGAAGCUGAGCAGACGGACGAAGAGUACGCGCGCGAAAAGUUGGCGGAAAUUAGGACCGAGUACAUGAAAUUCCUGAUGCAAAUAGAUAACCUCAGGUGGAACCUGAAGAAUUCAGCAGUGUCGCCAGUGGAAACCUUCGGAAAAAUCUUCGAAUCGGGCCAAAGCGUCAUAAGGCCGAAGGCGAAGAAGCUGGACUUCACGCUGCCAGUCUACGAGGAGUGCCACGAAAUGCUAAACAGCUUCAAAAAGAAGAACCUGAACAACGAGGCGGAAAAGCACCGCCAAAAACUCCUCAAAGAGGCGAGGGCGAGGCGCCUGAAGCAGGAAUCGCCGGGCGACGGGCCCGCUUUCCCGGGCGACCCGCUGAUCAAGAAAAAGGACCUGCCGAUGCUCAAGGAGCACCUGCGCACGGGCGGGAGGCUGAGUGUGCAGAGCUCAAUGAGGACCAGCAUGAAUAACCUGACGGACUCGCAGAAGGGGACGAACUUCUACAGGGUCACCUCCUCGCAGCCCAGCGAAAUGCGGCGCUGCCGCAAGUGCGACGCCGUCGUCUUCGUGGGUCCACUGAGGACGCUGGAGGGCGAGUUUUUCAACGUCCCGCAGGGACACGCCUUCAGAACGCAGAAGGAUUUCAAGUGCCACAACUGCGGCGCCGACAAGUCUGAGCUUGAGGAGACCUGGCCCACAGGGGCGCGUGGCUACAAGCCCGUCGAGUACCUCGAAACUGAGCCGCCGCCCCCGCCAGUUGACGAGUACGGGUUUCCACUGUUUGAAUAG